AUGGCCAUGGAGACCGAAGGCUUAUCGCCAGCGCUCUUAAACUUCCGCGUGUCUCUCGUGGAAACCCUCGAGGCGUAUCUCGGCAAGGAGACGAUGCAGCCGUUCGUGAGUGCUGACGACCAUGCGAGACCGGCCAAGAUUCGCCGAACCAAGGGUCUAGCACCGGUGGGAGGCUUCGGCUCCGCCGCGCGUGGCACACUGCCUCAGAGCGACCAGUUCCCGUUGGAGUUCAACCACCUUCUCUCCACUGCCACCUUCGCCGAGCCUGAGGACGUGGCAGCAGUGGUGGAGCCUCUCUUCGCCACGCUGCUCCUCAAUUGCUGCACACAGCCCUUCCAGGCAGGUGCCCCUGCCUCCCGCCCGCAUCCUUCGUCCCUUGAGCUCCUCUCUCGCCUAACCCCACUCCUCUCAUCGUCCUCCCUCCCUCCCCAGCUCGACUUUCUCCUCUCCGUCCUCCCGAGUCUCGCAGCAUCGCGUGCUCUCUCCUGGUCCUCCUUCCUCCCAGCGCUCUUCUCGCUGCUCCUCGCGCGCUACCCCACCAUCUCCAUGCGACAGCUCCCAGGGACACACCACGCCCUCAUCACUCCCGCCUCCUCCUCCGCCGCCUCGGCCCUGCCAGGAGGAGGAGGACUGUGGCCUGUGGGCGCUCGGGAGGGAGACACUCUUAAAGCCCGGGAUGUCGUAAUUGGAAAGGGAAGCUCUUUAAGUGGAGGUGGACCGUUGUUCUCCCCGUGGGGUGCACACAGGGGGAAGGGCGGAUUGGGGAGAAACAGACGGGUGGAUGGGGGGGUGCGGGAGGUGGAGUCUGGUGUUCCGUGGUGGGUGAAGGGGAUGGUGUGCAAGGUGGUGGAAACCGCAGCAGAGUCUCAGGACCUCAAGGCCCUCCCGGCCCUGGUGUCUCUACAGCUGCUGCUCACGUGGCUCUUAGAGGAUCUGGCUGAACGGGCCGCUGCAGCUGCUGCUAGCGACGCUGCUUCUGCCACUGCAGCGUCUGCCGCGGCUGCUGCUCAUGCUGCAAGGUUGCCCGCUUCUGCAGCAGUGCUAGCCACAGGAGGGAGUGCAGGCGCUGGAGGGGCCAUGUCAGCAGCAGGAACGCCAGGCGGAGGGAGAGGAGCAGCAGGUGCAGUUACCGGUGGGGCUGCAGCUGGGGCUGGUUGGGGCGGUGCGGGUUCCUCCCUGGUGGCUUGUCAGGCUGCAAGGCAGAGACGAAAGGGGAUGGCUGGCUCUGGAGGGGCCUGGAGGGCGAGAUCGGCUGGGUUCGGAGCAGGGAAAGCAGUGCAAGAAUGGUUGGUGGUGUGUGUACGGGCGUUGGAGCGGCUAGUAGACGACACCACCUGCCACGUGCCUGUGUGCACGCUGAUCCAAGGCCUGGACCCGUACCAGCUGCAUCUGCUUGUCUCGUGUUCCCCACCGCACCCUGCGCGUGCGCUGGCGUGUGGGGUAGCGGCGCGCAGGGAGUCGGUGGUGGGGUAUCUGCGCUUCCUGGAUGACCCGCUGCUCUGCCCUUCUUUUACUUCCACGGCUCGCCCCCCGGUCUUCACCUUCCGGUCCUUUCUCGGCGAGCAGGUGUAUGGGCAGUCGCUUUCUUGCUCUUUCCUCUCUCCUUCUCUCCUGCUCCGUUUGACCCCAUUCUCCCCUCCCCUCCCUCCCCAACCCCACCAUCCCCCAUUUUAUCUUGCACCACCCCCUUCCUCUUCGCGUCCCCUUCUCCCCUCCUCACGUCUCCCUUUCUCGGCCUCUCCCCUUCCUCUCCCCCCAUCCCCCUUCACCCAGGAGGCAGCAGAACAGGUGGUGCCGCGCUCUAGUGACUGGGCACGUGCGGUGCGCUGCUUACGCCAGGCCCUGCGCAGCAACCCCAACUCUGACUGGUGGCGCCGCGUGCUCCUGCUCGCGCCCUGCUUCCGCCCCCUCCACUACCCCAACCCCGCCUCCGCAGCCGCAGCCGCUGCAGCAGCCAAAGGAGGAGCAGCCGCAGCGGCAGCGGCAGCGGCAGCAGCUGCUGCUGCUGGGGCUGGUGGAGGGGGAGCAGGUGGGGCAGCAGCUGGAGGAGCAGGGGUAGCGGCAGGGAGUCUUGCGGCAGGCGGAAGCAUGGGAGGGGCAGCAGCAGUGUCAGGCCCUCAGGGAAGCGGUAUGGGCGGUGUAGGAGCAGCAGCAGCAGCAGCAGCAGCCACUCCUGGUGCAGCCGGUCCCUCUCCCACUGCAGCAGCAGCGGCGGCGGCGGCUGCAGCUGCAGCGGCAGCAUCAGCAGCAGCAGCGAGUCUGCCGGUAGUGGGAGGGGGGCAGCUGCCGUUUCUGAGCUCCACAUUGUCGCACGCCAUGCCGCAAUUCUCCUCGGGCAUGCUGUGCGAGGCCCUUAUAGAUCACAUUUCCGACCUUCUGACUCUUUCUGCGGCUGCCUCUGCUGCAGCAGCAGCUGCUGCUAACGCCCCUGGGGAGGUGGGGUGGGUGGACAGUGCGGGAGUGCCAGUGGACAGUGAGGCGCCGGCAGCAGGGCUGUGGCAGCAGUGGCUCGUGCUGGCAGACAUCUUCUAUUUUGUCGUGCGCAACGGCUUUGUUGACUUUGUUGACUUUGUCAACCGCUGCUCCGCGCGCUUCCCGCCGUCCUCGCCCCCGCCCACGAACCAUGUCACGUGGCUGAUCGCGCAGGUGUUCCGAUUGGACAAUGUGGCGUCUGUUCUCAGUGCCGACCCCAACAUGCUGGCGACAGUGCGCAAGAUAGUGGCGCUACAGGUGACGGAGCGGGCGGGGCAGAGGGGGUCGGGGGCAGGCGUGCUUCUAGAGUACAUAGGCAGUGUGCAGAUUCUGCGGCUGUGGAACCUGCAGAAGAGCAUCAAGGACAGCCUUGAUGAGGCGCGCCUGGCGGACUACAAGCAGCAGGGCAAGGUGCUUGACGAGUUCUGGCGCAAGAUUAAUAAGGAUGAGUUGCGGUUGCAGUACGACAAGCUGGACGAUCACAGCACGGGCAUGGUGUGGGUGCUCAGCCACACCAUGAGCCAUCCCGUCACAGAGGCGCUCUUCAAAUGGCUCACUGCCCCGGGUGUGAAGGACCUAGGGGGGGGCGUGCGCAUGUGGAACGAGGCGCAGCUGCUGCCCACGAGUCUGCUGCAGGGGCUGUCGCUGCAGGUGGCUCAGCGCCUCGCUGCCACCCUGCAGGAACUCAUUGCCAAGGCGCAUGAGAACGGGUUCCCCAGCAUUGCCAUGGUGGAGACGUUCGCACGGCUGCUGCUGGUGGCGCCACACACGCUCAACCAGACGCAGACCAUCCACCCGCCACACACCUUCGUGCAGACCAACACCCGCCAGCACAUUCUCCAGGCGUCCUUGGAGAAGUAUGUUCCAGGGGAGUCCAACAACUCCGUGCCGCUGCUGCUGCUUGAACUCAUCAACUACCGCCUCAUCCCCUUCUUCCGGUACCACGGCAAGAUGCGGGGGCUGAUACUGGACCUGGCGAAGAUACUGAUAAAGGUGAAGAUGGUGGCGGGGCAGCACCGGCUGUACCGCCUGGCGGAGAACACCGCCAUCAACCUCAUCAUGUCGCUCAAGGAGGUCAUGCUCGUCAAGAAGGACUCCAAGAACGCCGCGACAGAGUUCUCAGAGACUCUCAACCGGGUGAUGGUGCUGAAUCUAGCCAUCACGAUGAAGACACGCGGCAUCCACGAGUUUGAGCAGAUCGUGGUGCUCAUGCCCGCGCUCGACCAGAUGCUAGCGGCGUCCACGCACCGCUGGAGCGAGAAGACCCUGCGCUACUUCCCGCCGCUGCUCCGAGACACGCUUUCCAAGAGGCCCGACUGCCGCGCCCAGCUGCUGCAGGAGUGGAUGCAGGUGGAGCAGCUGUUGCGGCAGAGGCAGCUGCUGCCAGUGCAGCCGGGGCGAGUGGCGGACCCAAUGGCGGCACUCAACCUGCUGUCGCAGCUGCCCCCGCACCUGCGCCACCUGCUCUGCGCCGCUGCCUGGAUCCUGCACGACGCCUCCCCUGGCUCCGUCAACCUGCAACACCUGGCUCUGAUGCUGCGGGACAUGUCGCCCCAUGACGUGACGCGCAACGUGUACGCUCUCGUCGACGUGCUGCUGCACCACGUGCAGGUGCAAGUGAAGCAGCGCACGCAGCUGAAGCAAAUCCUCCUAGCGGCCUCCGCAGCGCUGGCAGACUGGAUCUUCGUGAAAGAGCUCCUCCCAGCCGACAUAGUCCUGCUAGCCCUGGCAGACCGCGACGACGGGUCCCCGAACAGCCUGCGGCUGGUGGUGGGUCUGCUGAUGGACCGGCCCGAGCUGCAGAAGCGCGUGGCGGCGUACUGUGAGGCGCGCGGGCAGCAGGAGCACUGGACCGAGGUCGGGCCCUUCACCACGGUCACUCCGCUGGAAGCGCUCGGGAGCAACCUCAUGGGGAAUGAUAAGCAGCCAGUGUUCUUUGACCACAUGGUGCUGCGGAUGGUGCCGGUGGUGGCGCUCAUAGUGCACCGCCUCAUCGAGAACGAUGCCAUGGAGACGGCCGACCGCCUGCUCGCGCUCUACAACUCGCCGCACAAGCACCUGCUCACGUACCACCCGUCGCGCUUUGCGUUUGUGCGCGACACGCUCGCGUACUUCUACCCCGCGCUGCCCAACCAGCUCGUCAUUCAACUGCUCAGCAUCCUCGACCUCACCAGGAUCCCCUUUGCAGAGGCCUUUCUCAGGCAGAUGGACCCCUCGCUCUCCUCCGCUGUCGACCUGCCUCCUCUCUCCUACUUCCUCCGCCUUCUAGAAACCCUCUGCCAGCACAUCAUCCCCUCUCUCCCCGCCCCUCUCCCCGCCACCUCCGCCCCCUCCCCUUUCGCGCCUCUCUCCCCUCUAGACUAUUUCCACUCCAUCUCCUCCCCUCCUCCUGCGCCCCCAGUCCAACCCGUGCAAAUCCCGGGGCUUGGGUCCUUUUCUCCUUCCUCCUUCUCCCUCUCGUCACCCCUCCCAACCGCUCUCACUCUCCGAUCACCGCCUUUCUACGAGCACUUAGACACGGGGGGGUUUGCCCAGCUGGUACUGGAAACAGCAGUGCUGGAAAUCCUCUCGCUCCCUCUGCCCCCACCUCGCAACUCCCCUGUGGAGAUUCUCCGUGCGCUGCUUGCUGCUGCGGCAUUCCCUCCUCUCCAUCCCAACGCGGUCGAAGCUUCUGCUGCUGCUGCCGCUGCUGCUGCCGCUGCUUCUGCUGCUUUUGCUGCUUCUGCUGCUGCCGCUGCGGCUGCUGCGGCAACUGGGGAUGCAGGCGGGAGGGGGGGUGGAGGAGGGGUGAGGGUGGGUGGGGGCGAUGGGGCAGCAGCAGGGGGAACGGAUCCGAUGAUGGUGGAUGGAGCAGAAAUGAUGGAUGAUAUGAAAGAGGGAGAGGAUGGAGAGGAGGAGGGAGAGGAGGAGGAGGAAGGUGGCGAGGGUCAUGAGGGGGAGGUGGAGGAUGAUGUGGGAGCAGGGUCUCGGCUUGUGGACAUGCUGCUCAUGGACCCCUCAUGGGCUAUUGGCAACGCCACCUGCACUGAGCUCAGCAUCUGGACAGCAGCAGUGCAUGCGAUGAUGUACGCGCUGCCAUUCGAUCGCAUAGAGGGCACCCACGCACUGCUCGUGCUGCAGCGCCCCAUCCGCUCCCCCGCCCACCUGCGCCUGGUCUUCCGCCUCGUCGCACCCAUCCUGCCCCGCACGCCCAUCUCCAAGUCUCUCUUUGCCAAGACGAUAGCGCUGCUGUUUUCAGCGAUAGCGGACGUGUUUGGAGUGAACUCAUCACCGCAAGUGACAGGCCCAGCCUUGUCCAUCACAGAUAUCAUCGACUUUAUGCACCACGUGCUGCUGCUGGAAGGCGGCAUGCCAACGCUGGCAAACCGGCGGCCCAAGCCAGAGACGCUGCAGCUGUGCUCCAAGGCAGUGGAGCGCCUGCGAGAGGACGUGCGCGUGCCCUUCCGCCACCUCUGCAUCGACCCCUCGCUCUCCGUCUACGCUGCUACACAUCCCAAGCUCACUCGCUCCGCUGCUGCUGCUGCGGCGGCGGCGGCGGCUGCUGCGGGUGGUGCUGGUGCUGGUGCUACUGGUGGUGGUGGUGGUGGUGGUGGUGGUGGUGGUGGUGGUGGUGCUGGCAAUGUGAUGAUUCCGAGUGGGGGAGCAGGAGGAGGGGCAGGGAUGAGAGGGGGGCAUGGAGGGAUGGGGAUGGGAGGAGGCAUGAGAGGGGGUGCGAUGGGAAUGAAUCCAAACAGUGCUGCGGCUGGUGGCGGAGGGCUCAGUUUGCCUGGGCUGGGAUUGUACAUGUCAAAAUAG